CACUUAACUACAACCCAUGCUACAACAAGAUGGCGGAUACAUGACUUCUGACAAACAUGUCACUUCCCGCUGAUGAAGCUGAGCUCCCGUCGCUAGAUGAGUUUGACUUGCUGCUAGAAGACAAGGCCUUCGUUGACCACUUCAAUGUGUUCCUGUCUCUACCUGUGUUCGGGCAACAAGCCAUCUACAGCUUCAGGGAAAAAGAGUUCGAGUUCGACCCCCCAAUCCGCCGUCGUCGAUACUUCAUCCACCGACGUUCCGUGAUCAACUGGUUGCGAGAGGAGCGGUUCCCCUACUUCAGGAACACCCGUUUGUACGCGGAGUACCUGCUGUGUACACGACUCCGGGAGGUCGGCUUUCACGUGCAGGAUGCAUACGGAAAAGAUCAGCCGGAGACACCCGAGGUCACGCGAGUGUUCACGGUUAACCUUCUGAGUCACGUGGCCGGCACGCAGCUCUUCCGCCAGUCGAUGAGCGGCACCAAUGGCGAGAGAGUCUACAACUGCUGGCUGGACAUUGAAAUCUUGAAGCGAACCACGGACCCCAUUCGUCGACGACGACAGUUUCAACGAAUCAAUAGGUUGUACAUCGCCGACGGUGGCUCGCAGGACCUAAAUGGAAACAAGAAAAAUCUCGUUCUUUACGGGAAACUCAAUUUUGAAAUUUUGGACAAGAACAUUACUGAGCUCAUGGGAACGUUGUCGAGGUUGCCGUUCUCUGACGAUGUGUUUUCCAUUGACGCUGAGGACGCCCUAGUGGCGCUCCAAGGGCACCUCCUGGAUCUACUCAAAGGUUACUGGGUCCCUCGGCACGUGCUGCACGUGCUCAACACAACCAACGUGGAAGUCCUGAAGCCGCUCUUCAGCAGGUGUGAAGGCGAAGAUCUGAGUUUUGACGAGGUGGACAGAAUGGUCAGAUGUCGCAGGAUGUUCCCCAAGUUUGUCCUCGCUCAACCGGAAGCUGUUCCCACGGAGGUGUUCGCGUCAGUCACAGAAUGGGACGACCCCCGCCUGCCGCCACCCUCUCCCGACUUGUCCGAGCCCAGGGAAGUAAGACCUGAUGAUCUACUAAUGCUUUGGGGAGGAGCACCUAUAAAACCUCCAGAAGAGACCACCACUGAAGUCGAGAGCUACUCCGUGUCCAGACCGUGGUCAGCGGUGUCCUGGGCAGAUGACGACGACGGCACUGACACCCCAGAUAGUCCAUGCAGGGAGUGGAACUCACCGUCACGUGGAGACGACUUCGACAACAGCACCAGGACGCCGUCAGGGUCGUCGGUGUCGAAUCUGUUGCGGGAAACAUCGAGCAUUGAAAUGUCGGACAACAGUCUCAGCCGAAUGGUUCUGUCCAGUAUAAACCCCAAGAAGCUGGGGAACAUGUCGCUUCUCCUUAAGACCUACGUUUUAGGGCGGAGGGAUUACAGGACCAACGCUCCGCGAGUGAGUAAGCGCAUCCUGUGCGCGCUUGUGUCAGACAACCUCGCUGGGUACCCGUUCUUGCAGUUUCUUCAGAGGAAGAACAUGACCCUCGACAUCAACUACCUCAACUUCUGGGACGACGUGAGGUGUUAUUUGAGGACGGAUGACAAGGUUGACAGCCACGGCAACAGCAGUAAGAGGGUGAUGGCGAGGAAGCUGGCGGAACGAUACCUCUUGUCGUCUGAUGACGAGGCUAUUUUCUCAGAGGGGCUGAAAAUGGCGUUGUUGGACACGCUUUCGAGUGGAGAUGACGAGUCACUGUUGUUUUCUGCGCAUGACAUCGUUUCAAGUAGUCUCAAUAUCUCAUGGAAGAAGUACGCUAAGAUUGACAGACGGAAGUUCGUCAGAGCAGCGUGCGGCAAACGGUUCAUGCUGUUUGUCAACAGUCUACAAUCACCUGUGCCACGAGUGAGGGUUCCAACUGGAGACACAGACCCCCUGUACUUUGGGGACGCACGUCAACGUGUUCACGGUAAAGUCGACAGCGAAUGCAGCUCCGACUCAUCGUCCCCCGUGCCACCGUACGACAACGUCUACGUGAAACCUCUCGGGGAGGAACACAGGACAAAGGCAUUGGAACAAACGGUUCUUUCCUCAGAAGACGGUUUCAUGAUGUAUCCCAUGUGCACGGUGGCAGAUCUUGUACACACCGUCAACAGCAACUUCGGCAGCCUCGACCUCGGCCCAGCCGACAUCGUCAGACAAGACCACCUGAGGCGUCUACUGAGUCCGGGGAAGAUCGACAUCAGUACCAUCCAAGUGUCCAGGAAAGUCUUACUGCCUGACAUCUACAUCCCGACGUCCGAGAUGAAUGUCCAUAAUGGCCCGAGGGGUAACAGACUGGUCAUCAGGAGGAAUGGUGUGAUACUCAACACGCCAUUUAAACCCAGAUCGUUCUUGGAGGUUCUUACCAACAGCAACCAUUAUGAGUACUUCAAGCGGUUCCUGGCCGCUCGGAAGGUGACGGUUCCGCUGCAGUUCUGGCGCGCCGUGGAGGACCUGAAGGAAACGGGUAACUACAAAGCCAGACAAAUGAAGACCAACCACAUCUUCAGGAGGUUCUUUGGCAAGCAGGUCAAGUAUGGCUCGAACCUAGACUGCAGUGACGAGGUAAUCAAACAGAUCCCAUAUAUAGAAAACGUCACAGCCGGCAUGAUGGUGUGCGCGCAGGCUAGCAUCUUCAGGAUGAUGGAACGGAAGUGGUUCCCGGGAUAUUUGGAAACGUUCCCAAUAGAUUCAGAGCUUCGGGAUCUAGCGCCCUCUAUGAUCGAAGUCUCGCAGCAUGACAUCUCGCCAAUGAUGAUGGAAUGGAAGCCACGGAAGAAGCCCGUGAGGAAAACGUUUCAUUUGUGGCUUGGCUUCGUGUCUGUUAUCCGUGACUUCAUGCGGAGUAUGCGUAGCCAGGUAGAAGUCCAGCUAUUCGAGAUCUACUUGAAGAGAGAACUGGUCAGGCUUUCUUCAGCUGAGAAGCUAAUGGAACCCCGUGAGCCAAAUCCUCGAGGCCGUGACCUGAACUUCGACUCCCCCCUGUCCACCAUGACACGGGUCGUCCUCCGCAACAAGGUGGUCGUCAUCAACAAGCUGCCCAGAGACCUUUUGUUCUGGCUGGAGGUCAACCUAUUCCGGCAACAGGUCGACAGUGUCACCCAGUCCGGCACUUACUCCAAGGAGGACAACGACAUGCUUCUAGAGAAGGUAGAAGCUAUAGUCACCUGCUUCCUGGCGUCAGAAGUUCCUCCUCGCGUGCAGAAAGGCUUGACACAGUUUUCCUCAGAGUGGCUGGAAAAGUUUGACGCCCGUGAGAUGUUGCGUCGCAUUCUAGAAGAGGAGAUGAGAGACGAAUAUUCCAGCCCCCACCACGGCCACGCCACCAAAAUCGACUACACCAAAGCCACGGUAAAGGAUUACAAAAUACAAGCUAACGAUGACGAAUCAAUGAGGAUCCACUUUUCCAUUUCCCACGGAAUUCGUGUUAUGGUACCCAAACCAAAGGGACACUUUCGACCUGAACGCAAGUUCGAGGAGUCUCUCGCCUCCGUCUCUCCACAGAAGCUCGGCCAGUUUCCCAGCCACCACUCCGGAAGGAACCUCCACACGGAGACCAGUAAACGUCGCAGCUCGAUUAGGGAUACCGGCAGCGUUGAGAAGGAGAAGGAAGGCAGCAUGUCGUCCGCCGAACGGGAAUCUCCACGUGCCGAUGUCGGAAAGAUGAAAGCUCGGAGAUUGAGUCUCCUGGUGGAGAGUCUGAACGUUCAGCAUGGCCUGCCUACUAGUACCAGCCCUCCCCGGCUGUCGAGGUUUGGCAGACCCAUGAAGACAAUCCUUGAUGUUGUAAAUGUGGCACGGGCGUUAGGCCCAGAAGAGCAAGAGUCCUUCUUGUAGCUGAAUACAGUGCAAUAUGAUCAUAUAUUCUGCCGAAAUGUGCUAAAUGUCAAUGAAAUAUCAGUGUACUUUAAUUAGUUACUUUAGAAUUUUAAGAAAAUCAUUUCCAAGAUUUUGGUAACUAGAAAUUUUAUACAUUUUGUCGAAAUGAACAUAUUUAUAAUAAACACGAAAAAUAAAUGUUUUGGGAUUGUA